AUGUUAUCGAAAAGGAAUUGCAAGCUGCCGAUAAAUAUCCGGGGUACUCCGCGUGCGAACAUACAUGCUGUGCUACUAUGCGGAUGUUUCCUGCCUGUGCAGGCAUGCUCCUUCAUCAGAGUCGCACAAAUACCCAUGUCAAAAUCAGUAUUCGAAAUAGUGACCUGUGAAGAAUGGGUACCUCUCAUUGAAUUCGAAUUCAUAAACUACAUCAAAACCAGGCAAUUCUCUCUUAUGCCAUACAUCACGCAAUCUUACGAAGAGAUUUCACUUACUGUGAUAUCAAUACAAAAGCCAAACACUCCGCUUUUCGAUCAAAGAUUCGCCAUCUCAGAGAAAGAAGCGUUAAUAAUACCCAAUAAUUUUGAUCUACCUGUACAAUGCCCGACGGCAAGCAUGGCAGCGAAAAGCUUCUUUAAUUGUAGCAAUCAAAUGCUAUGCAAUUGCCGAAGCUACAAAACACCACAUACUUGCCAUUGUCCAAAACACUCAAUAAAAGACAUUCGUGCAGAAAUAGAAAAUAGACUGCCUAUUAUCACGCCAUCAAUAGAAUUUAGCUUCGAAGAUAUGCAGAUUUAUGCUCACUCAACAAAGAGCGAGGUUACACUCGCGAUAAGAUCGAACGUACUAAUCAAUAGCGCGGAGUUCAUAAUUGAACAAAAAUGCUCCGUUGAAUUAAGUGCUGUGACUGGAUGCUAUAACUGCCAAGAAGGUGCAGAGGUCACAGCAUUUUGCAGUACAGCACUAGAAUCCGUUGUGACAAUUCAAUGCGAAGACAUAGCAUUCACUGCAGAAUGCGAUCCUUCCAACAAAACCACUAAAAUUGCACUCGAACUGAGUAAAUCUCUUAUCGCACAAAAAUGCUUUGUAAUAUGCGAUAAAAAAGAAAUACCAUUAGAACUAAAUGGUCGAUUACACUACCAUGUGAGAUAUUUCUCUACAUCCAUGUUUGAUGAGGACACCACACUCAAGCGAAAACAUGGCCCUCACUCAAUGACUUUCAUUUUCCGGACUUGGAACCGGUCGCAAAGAUUAUUAAAGACAAGUGGAAAGUAA